AUGGGUAUAAGCGCUGCAGCCUACUACAACUGGGCCGGGCUAGUUAUGACGAGAGUCCUUCUAGGCGUUUUUAAGAGUGCUGUUGCCCCUUCACUCAUCGUCAUUACGACCAUGGUCAGUUUUCGUCGUAUGUUCACAUCCUUGAAUCCUCCUAAUGUUUCGUCUACAGUGAUCAUGUUUCUCAUCUGCAGCUUGAUCACCAUUGCUAUCGGUAUCACGGUAAUUCUAAUUCUUCCGGAUAAUCCGAUGAGCGCACGCUUCCUCUCCCGCGAGGAGAAAAUUUGGUCUAUCGAGCGAUUAAGAAGCAACCAGACUGGCAUCGAAAACAAGCGAUUCAAGCGCGAGCAGGCGAUCGAGUGUUUCACAGACCCACAAACCUAUCUUUUGGCGCUCAUCACCAUUGCUUCAAAUGUGCCCAAUGGAGCCGUCUCCUCGUUUCAGGCCACCAUUAUCAAGGGGUUUGGGUACACAUCUAAGGAGACUGCACUUCUAUCUAUCCCUUCAGGUGCAGUCAGUAUCGUCUCGAUUCUAGCGGCUACCAACGUGGCAGGGAGAUUCAAUCAAAGAGCUAUCAACAUUAUUUGCCUUCUGAUACCCGGUGUCAUCGGAGCUGCGCUGAUGGCUUUCCUACCAGAGGACAGUAAAGCUGGUAAACUGAUUGGAAACUAUAUGACGAAUUGCAUUGGGGCAACUUUGCCUUUGUUAUAUUCUCUUGUUGGUGCCAACUACGCCGGUCACACCAAGAAGGUCACCAUGAACGCCACUUUGCUCAUCUGUUUCUGUGUUGGUAACAUUAUCGGACCCUUGACAUUCACGGCUGAGUCUGCGCCCGGAUACCUCCCAGCCAAAACAGCAAUCAUCGUAACCUGCGGGUUGGCGAUGAUGUUCACGUUGAUGCUAAGGUACUAUUACAUAUGGGAAAAUAAGCGACGGGAUAAAUUUGUUCAAGCAGGAGAGCUUAGCCACUUGAAGGAUGUCGAGUUCAGCGAUAUGACUGAUCGUAUGAACAAGGAGUUUAGAUACACCCUUUGA